AUGGCGUUCAGCCCUCUUCCGAGCGCGGUAUGGGGGAGGGAGGGGGUCCUCUGGGUGUCCGCUGGCGGCCACGGACACGCGUUCUCCGUGGAAGACCCGGUGCGGAAGGUGGGGGCCGGCGGCACCGCCGGCGGGGACCGCUGGGAAGGCGAGGACGAGGACGACGACGUCAAGGAUAACUGGGAUGACGAUGAUGACGAAAAAAAAGAGGAAGCAGAAGUAAAACCAGAAGUAAAAGUUUCAGAAAAGAAAAAAAUAGUCGAGAAAAUAAAAGAGAAAGAACGGCAACAGAAGAAAAGGCAAGAAGAAAUUAAAAAGAGAUUAGAAGAACCUGAAGAACCUAAACUGUUAACACCAGAAGAACAAUUAGCAGAUAAACUGCGACUAAAGAAAUUACAGGAAGAGUCAGACCUCGAAUUAGCAAAGGAAACUUUUGGUGUUAAUAAUACAAUUUGUGGAAUAGAUGCUAUGAACCCAUCUUCAAGAGAUGACUUCACAGAGUUUGGAAAGUUACUAAAAGAUAAAAUUACACAAUAUGAAAAGUCGUUAUAUUAUGCUGGUUUUUUGGAAGUCUUAGUUCGAGAUGUGUGUAUUUCAUUGGAGAUUGAUGACUUGAAAAAGAUAACCAAUUCACUGACUGUGCUUUGCAGUGAAAAACAGAAGCAAGAAAAGCAAAGCAAAGCCAAAAAGAAGAAGAAAGGUGUGGUUCCUGGAGGGGGAUUAAAAGCCACCAUGAAAGAUGAUCUGGCAGAUUAUGGUGGUUAUGAUGGAGGAUAUGUACAAGACUAUGAAGACUUCAUGUGACAUUUUACCUUCUCCUGAUGUCUUCUUUGUGUUGCCCACAAUCCCUUCAACAUGUAGCACAACUUCCUUUCCUUUCAGUUCUGCCAAAUGCUACAAUCAGAAGUGCAGUAUCUUGUGCUGGUUAUUUAACCCCUUGACACUUAGGUGCUAAUGUACGAAUGAGGGAACUUGGAUCUUGCUGCCAAGGGGUUAAAAUCGGGAAUCUCAGAUGCUACUUAAAAUCAUAGUUCAAAACAAAACAAACCUAAUAAUGUCAUUGUUGCUAUCUGAUUUCACAGCAGCAGUCACUCGAUUGGAAACAAAAGGUUGCAACAUGACAAAAAAUUGUGUAGUAUUUACCAGCACCAUUCGUAAUACAGCCUUAACCAUUACCUCCUUGAACUACUUCAUAACUUGUCAAGAAAAGCAGUUUGCAGCAAGGGCAUGUGGUGUGCACCUAGUAUUAAAAAUUGCUUUGUCUUAAAAUUGAGCGUGAGGAUAUUAAAAAUACAUUGUGAAGAAGACUGCUUAUCUCAGAGUGAAGAUUCUGCGGCUGAAAAGCACUAGUUUGAUUAAAAUUAAUGACCAAAACCCACCAACUUUGAAGCUGAAGACGGUAGACCUCGCCAUUAUUGCAUUACAAGUUGUGGAAUCUCUUGAGUGCAAAGACUGUCUAGUUUUUAUCAGACUAUUUCUACUGAUGAAGUGCUUCGGAUGGGGGAGGGAAGCUCUUUACCUGUUUUUAUUUGCCUGAUUUAAGUGUCUGAGAAACAAAUCUUUGUUCUCCUAGGCUGCAGGGUUUUGGCAUUUCCUUUCCUUUAUAAAACAUGCUCAGCCAACUGCACCAGUUAACUACAGUUUGGUAAAUUGUUAAGUUAACAAUGAUGACAUCUGCAAUGUUUUAUAAAGCAACUAAUUUAAUAAAAUCACUAUCGUGAGGACUUAAA